GGUUGAAAUAAGAAUAAGAAUAAGAAUAAGAAUAAGCCAGGGUCGGAGCGAUAGAGAAAAUCUGAGUGAAUAAACAAACGGAACCCUCACUUUCACAUAGCUUCGCUUUGCUUCGUUCCAUCAUCGAAUUGAUUUACUGAAACCAGAUGAGUUCAUCUUCCAUCGAUGCUUUUCCUGCAAUCCAGGAAACUCUGCUGGAGUUUCGUGCUGGUAAAAUGUCACUAGAGGGAAAAAGGGUAGUUCCUGAUGCACGCAAAGGACUCGUUCGUAUUGCUAGGGGUGAGGAGGGACUAGUUCAUUUUCAGUGGCUUGAUCGCACACUAAAUGUUGUUGAAGAUGAUCAGAUAAUAUUUCCGAACGAGGCUAUUUUUGAGCAGGUUAAUCAAACAUCUGGAAGGGUUUACAUAUUGAAGUUUAAUAGUGAUGACAGAAAGUUCUUCUUCUGGAUGCAGGAAUCUAAUGCUGAUAAUGACUCACAACUGUGUAGCUCUGUGAAUGAUUACCUCAACAGACCAUUAGAGCUCCUUGGUGAAGAAGAACCUGAUGUAUCCCUUCCGCUUGAAGUUUCUGAAGAUAUGGUUGAAGAUGACAUCUCAUCGAGAGCUGCAAACUUGGUUGUCCCGAACUUUGGUGUGGAUGCAACUAGCGAUGUAACGUCUUCUGGUCCAGUUAAAUUGGCAGAUCUCCAGAGAAUAUUGAGCAACAUUGGACCUGCUGCAGAUAGCAUUCUUGAUCCUGACGAAGGCUUUGAACUCGGUGACAUUUUGAAGCCUGAUCUGAUAUUGCCAUUGAUGGAGACGUUACCAUUAGAGCAGCGUCUAGCUUCCUAUUUACCAGAGGGUACUUGGUCUCCAGAAGAUAUAUUGGAGUUGUUGCAGAGCCCACCUUUCCGUCAGCAAGUAGAUUCUUUUACUUAUGUACUUCGAACAGGACAGAUAGAUUUGUCCCAGUUUGGAAUUGAUCCAAGUAAAUACAAGUUCACAGUUUUGUCAUUUCUGGAGGCUCUUGAGGAUUCUGUCUCCAAGUCUGAGGAAUCUAGGCAAGACGAUCAGGAAUUAAUAUCUCAAUCUUGUACCCCAAUGGAUGAAUCCAAGUAGCCUGGCACUUUCAUCUCUUUUCUUUAGAUACAAGAAACUUGGUUUUUUUGUGGCAAACAUAUAUUUCUGCUUGAAAAAGGAAAAUUUAAAGGGGCUUGCUAUUUAAUUGAGAUUUUUCAAGGCUAGAGUGAAAUGAUUUAUUAAUAAAAAUUCAAAUCUAUCGGUUUCUUUAUAGUCUGUAUAAUAUUCCAUGUCUCUCGGAAGGUUAUGGGCUCAGAAGUGCAGUUUGACUAUA